AGCCUAUGGGAGGUGAAUGAGUACCAUAAGAAUAGAAGUUUCUGGGCUGGACUAGGAAUGGGAAGAAGAAACUUGGGCCAGGGAACAGACAUAGGAGCCAAAUGGCAAGGCAGUUCUGAGCCUUGUCACUGUGGCUGGCUACUGGCCAAUCUGGAGGAGCCUCCUCCUAUCUGGGUAACUGAGCUUCCUCAAGAGGAAGGAAACAGUUAAUGUCUCAGGGUAGCUGCAAUCAGCUAGGCGGGGCUCUCUGGGUUGACUUGGGCUACACAGAUCCUGAGCCAAGGGACCGAGGAAGGACGCCCUAGUCCUAGUCCGCAGAGCCUCCAGAUGGCUGAAUUGGAUCUGAUUGCCCCAGGGCCUCUGACCGGGGUCACUGUUCACCCUUUGGCCCCUCUUGGCCCAGACCCUGAGGCAGUUAUCCCAGUAGAAAAAGAAGAUGCGGGGCCUCUCAGCAAGCCAGACGACAAAACCCAGGAGCAGGGUCCUGACUCCGCUCCUGGUGAUGAAGAGGAGGGGCAGAUCCUGUGUGACUUCUGUCUCGGGGCCAGCAGAGUAAGGGCAGUGAAGUCCUGUUUGACCUGCAUGGUGAAUUACUGUGAGGAGCACCUGCGGCCACACCAGGAGAACAGCAAACUGCACAGCCACCAGCUAACCGAACCCGCAAAAGACCAGGAUCUGCGUACCUGCCCUGCCCACCACAGCCCUUUGGUUUCUUUCUGCCACACGCACCAGCAGUGUAUCUGCCAGGAAUGUGGCGAGGGUGAACACAGAGGCGACAGUACUGUCUCCCUGGAUGCAGCCCGUAAGAACAAAGAGGUGGACCUUCGGUGCAUGCAGUUGGACCUGGAGCAGAAGCUCAAGUUGAAUGAAAAUGCCAUCGCCAGGCUCCAAGCCAACCACAAGUCUGUUUUGGUGUCGGUGUCAGAGGUGAAGGUUGUGGCUGAAGAGAAGUUUGGGGAACUCCUUGCGGCUGUGAGGAAGGCCCAGGCUGAUGUGAUGCUUUUCUUAGAGGAGAAAGAACAGGCUGCACUGAAUCAGGUCAAUGGCAUCAAGACCCACCUGGAGCACAGGAGCAUCGAGAUGGAGAGAAGCAAGCAGGAGCUGGAGAAGUUGGCCUCCAUCAGCAACACUGUGCUCUUUCUGGAGGAGUACUGCAAGCUUAAGAAGACAGAGGACACUGCCUUCCCCAGCGUUUACAUAGGGCUGAAGGAUAAACUCUCAGGCAUCCGCAAGGUCAUCACAGAGUCAACUCUGCACUUGAUCCAAUUGCUAGAAAGCUAUAAGGAAAAGCUCCAGGAGUUUUCCAGGGAAGAGGAAUAUGACAUCAGAACUCAAGUGUCUGCCAUUGUUCAAAGAAAAUAUAGGACCUCAAAACCUGAGCCCAAAACCCGGGAUGAGUUUCUUCAAUAUGCAUGUGACAUCACACUUGACCCAGACACAGCACACAGGUAUCUUCGCCUGCAGGAGGACAACCGCAAGGUCACCAACACCACGCCCUGGGAACACCCCUACCCGGACCUCCCCAGUAGGUUUCUGUACUGGCGGCAGGUGCUGUCCCAACAGAGCCUGUACCUGCACAGGUAUUAUUUUGAGGUGGAGAUCUCUGGAGCAGGCACCUAUGUUGGCCUGACCUGCAAAGGCAUUGACCGUAAGGGGGAGGAACGGAACAGCUGCAUUUCUGGAAACAGUUUCUCCUGGAACAUUCAUUGGAAUGGGAAGGGCUUCACAGCCUGGCACAGUGACACAGAGACCCCGCUCAAGACCAGCCCCUUCCGGAGGCUUGGCAUCUAUGUAAAUUUCCCAGGAGGAACCCUUUCCUUCUAUGGCGUAGAAUAUGAUGCCAUGACUCUGAUUCACAAGUUUGACUGCAAGUUCUCGGAGCCUGUCUAUGCUGCUUUCUGGCUGUCUAAGAAAGAAAAUGCCAUCCGGAUUGUGGAUCUGGGAGAGGAGCCUGAGAAGCCAGCUGUGUCCUCAGUGGAGGCUGCUCCCUAGACUCUAGGAUCUGACUCCCAGACUUUGCUAACUGUGACAACUGGGCAGGAGCUGGUAUUUUAAGGUGGACAGAAUUAUCUGCUGAUGUUAGUUGGCUUUAGACAUUGUGUGAGUUCUGAAUGAACUUUCCUGCCUGCUUCUCAAUACAGUUCUUGCAUGAAUGCAGAAACUCUAGGCACCAAAGCCUCUCCCCAAAUCUUCUAGUGAUAGUCUCCUGUCUGCUCAGGUGAUUGUCAACCUUCGUCCAGAAUUUCCAACUAGGGAUCUUCAAACCAUAACCAGACUGCACAGGGAUCAUAAUAAAUCACAAACACGUCUCUGUGCAUUUCUUAUGUACUGGCCAGAGUUUGGAGUGCCUUCUCUGUGUUUGUUCAUGGCAUCUCCAUGGGGUAAAUGUUUAUAUUGUCUUUAUGCUACACAUUAGGGGAUGGUGGCCAGGAUGGUCAGCUAACUUGUCUAGUCACCCAAUAAUGGGGGGCAGAGCUGGAAUUCAAGUCUGUUGUUGGACUUGUGACUAUAUGCUAUGCUUACCUCAUUAGAUCAUGAAUGUUGUGCAUAAGAAGUAAACCACAUGCUAAACCACACAGCCAACAGUGUUUUCAGCAUCCCUCUUAAGAGUUUGUUUUUUUCUGCAUGUGCCAGGCUCAACUUGGUCAUUCAGCCUUGCACCAUCUGAGUGAGC